AUGGCCCCCUACUGCACCGUCUAUCAAGCAGAGCUGGCAGCUCUCGUUGGUGCAAUAGGGGAGGCGGCGAUGGGGGGUGCUAACGUGAACAUCUGCAGCGACUCGAGGUCCUCGCUCGAGGCCAUCGCGGGCGGACGCUCUCGAAAUCCCCGAGUCGUCGAGAUCCGCCGACACCUAGUGGAGAGCCGAAGAAACGGCCAAAAUAUAAAACUCCACUGGGUGAAGGCGCACGUCGGCACAGAGGGGAAUGAGAGGGCGGACGAACUCGCGAGGGCCGCGGCGGAUACCUCAAAGGUCAAAGCAGUCCACGUGGAGUACCCCCUAUCGCACAUCAAGAAGGAAGUGAGAAGGAAGACGCUAGAAGAGUGGGACCGGCGGUACAGAGAGGGAGUAAAUGGAGGAACAACGAAACUGUUCUUCAGCAACAUCACUGAGGCACACAAAAAUAUAAGAGAAAGAAGAUUCAGUCCUGAGAUGACACAGGUACUCACAGGCCAUGGGCCCUUUGCAGGGUACCUGUGUCGUUUCAAACUGAAAGAAUCGCCAGAAUGCGAAUGCGACAGUGGGGUGGAACAAUCCAUCCCUCACUUACUAACGGAGUGCCCGAUUUUUGCCUCCUCCAGGUGCGACCUGGAACAAAUAACUGGCAUGUCGCUUAGUCUCCAGGGACUGCCCGACAUGCUAGCUUGUCACGGGACGCACCUGGAGGCUUUUUGCCAAAAAAUUACUAGACGAACAGUCAGGUUCAAUAAAAGUAUAGCCAGGGCGGGGACCGCGAGGCGGCCGGCGCCCACUUGCUAA